CUCCCCACACCACCGCCCCGAUAGCAAGUUCGCCGGAGGCCGGAGGGAGCACGCGCGCCGCCGCCGCCGCCGCCGCCCAUCAUGGACGGCUCCCCACCACCGCGCAGAGAAGGCCACGAUCCAAGCAACGAGGGGCCCGCUGAACCCAGCCGUGAAUCAAGGGAGGCGCCGACGGAGCACCCGCGCAGCCGCUGGUGGCGGCGGCGGCCGCCCCCGGGCUCCCUGAGCAGACGCACCGCCUAUCCCAGCCCGCCGAUCCUCGUGGGACCUGACCAGUCCCGUGACGACGGCACCGGAUCCCCACCGCCGCGCAGAGAAGCACACGAUCCAAGCAACGAGGCGUCCGCUGAACCCAGCCGUGAAUCGAGGGAGGCGCCGACGGAGCACCGGCGCAGCCGCCGCAGCCAGCGCCGGGAGCUGCUGCGGCGGAGGCAGCCGUCCCCGGGCUCCAUGGACGAAGGCGCCGCUGAUCCCAGCCCCGCGUCCCACGCGAGCUCCAUGGACGCGGGAAGUUUCCCUUUCCUCGAGUUCCAGGAUCUGACGACGGGGCUGCGGUUCCCUACAGAGAGUGCCCUCCUGCAGUUCAUGAGCGACCGUCUCCUGGGAUCUGGAACCAGUCAUCCUAGAACCGGAGCCCAUGUUCGGCAGAGUCUUCUCUAUUCAGAUAGGCCCAGGCGGUCUCGAACCAGAAGACCAGCACCGGCAGAGGAGUGUACCCGCGAAGAGAGCAGCAGUGACCUUGGUAAGGCAGUUAUAGAUUUACCAACAAUUGAGACGUUGUCAUUGAGUGACCCUCCACUCCUGACCCCUCAAACAGAAGCAGAUGAAGAGACUGAUGAUGAUUGUGCUUGGGGUCCUAAUGCUGGACAGACUGCUCUCUAUUUUAACCGACCAAAAGGUCUGUCAAGAUCUAUGGUUCUGUCACUAGCUGAUUCCCUUUUUAUAACUGUAUCAAAUGAUGAGGAGGAACGACCCAAGCCAUAUCCUGACGAGGACCCAGAGGAACUGCUGCGUAGGAUUAAGGAAUACUUAGAUGCAAGUCCUUGUAUCGACCUCAGUAAACUCAGUGUAGCUUCUGAUAGAAUUGAGGCCAUUGAGGAUGUCAAUCUCGAUUCCCAUGCUGCUGAAUUGGGUACAGAGCCACCAAGUGUUCUUACUGAACAAACUUCUGUUGCAGCUGAAAGGCAUGAAGCUUCAACAGCAUGGAUGAAAGAGGUGAUGCUGUGUUUCAAGAAGCUCAUUGAGAUAAGUCCGGAUCUCACGGAGCUGGAGGAUUACCACCUUCAUGAACUUUGCCACCAGUGCUUUAAUGUGGAGAGCUAUGACAAGGUGUACCAUCAUUAUAACUUCACGGUGAGGAUGAAAAUGCCAAAUUCAGCUGAUUGGACUGUGGAGUUGUAUUUCGCCGAAGUAAAGGAGAUUUUUAGGACAAAACACUAUUUAUGUUAUCCUUUGGACCCAAACGAAAAUGGUCAAUGUUAUACAUGCAAAAACCAGGGAGGGGAAGAUUUGAGGCACCCUGCCAUUGAUCUAUUUGAAAUGGGCUCGCCUGAUGCUUCUGCAUGCAACUUAUGGUAUACAGCAGAAGAUUGACCAAGAUGAAGCUACAAUUUAUUGAAUCAGACAGUCUGGAACUUGUACUGUGUUCUGUUCGUUUGGGUUUCAACUUGGUUCGGUUGUAGAAUUAAUUCAUAGAUGAUGAUCUUAGCUGUAAUUAUGUACUAAGUACUUAAUUUGAUAUGGAUCUUCAGUCCGUAUGAAAUGGUUUUUCGUGUUUGUACUGUA